AUGACUUGGCAACUACCUUUCGACUUGCCUCCGCUGGACCAGCAGUCCUUAGAUGAUUACAAGAACAAACUUUUCACAGCAGCAGAUUCUGCCAAGGAACAAGCUCUGAAAGCGUACGCUGGUGUGCAAGACAUCGAUAUAAACGACUACAAGGAGCACACAGCCUCGUUGGCGCUGUCAGUAAAGGACAAAGUUUCAUGGGCGUACGAGAAUGCUCAGGCCGUCAGCGCAAAUGGGUACAGGGGACGAGGUGCUAUUCUGGCAGAGUCAGCAAUGGCAAAAAUAUCCCAGAUAUAUGCUGAUGCCCAGGCUAUCGAUCUCUAUGUGCUCAAGGAGCGAGCGGCCGAGUUGGCGGAGUCAAUGGGGGGAUACUGUGCAGUGGCAUACGACGAUGGGAGAGUCCAGGCUCUCCAAUUCUACUGGAGCACCGUCGUACCUGUCAUUGUGGUUCUUGAUGACGGUAUGAAGAGGGUCAUCACCAACGCAACCGGUCUAUUCCAGUCUCUUUCGGUAACGCAAGGAUUGCAAGUUGCAUGCCAAGUGGUCAUUCGUUUUAUUGCGAGCCUUGGUGCGUAUGACAGUUUAGAAAUACUCCCUGUCGCUCACGAUGAGCUCAUCACUGUGCCAUCCUACGUUUAG